UAAAAUUAAUUUUCUAAGCGACAAUAUAAAUUGAAAGUUAUUUAAAUGAUUUUAGUUAAUGUUUAAAAUAAAUUUUGUGGAUAAAUAACCCAGUUUUUGGUGACAUUUGCCACGUCGAGUUUGUGCAGCAUAAAUUAAUUCGUAACCCGCCUUAAAAAAAAAAACAAUUUAUUGGUUAUCAUGGAUAAAGUAGUUAAAUUUUGUGAACCCGGCCGUGCCUUCGCCAAGGACUCAAUUCGUUUAGUGAAACGUUGCACAAAGCCUGAUCGCAAGGAAUUCCAGAAGAUUGCCAUUGCCACCGCUAUUGGAUUCUGUAUUAUGGGCUUUAUUGGUUUCUUCGUGAAACUAAUCCAUAUUCCCAUCAACAAUAUCAUUGUGGGCUCAUAAAUUGUGCAGCGGCUGCAUCAGCUGUAUUAUUUCAUACAUUCAUAUUUACCUAACGAUAGUUAAUUUACACGUACUCAAAUUUUGUUUGUAUAAAACAUUGAAUUGAGUUAAUUUUUUCAUUUAGAAAUAAGAGAUUAAAUAUUUGCUUAUGCAGAGAUUAUUAGAAAUGUUACAUUCAAUAACUGAAAUCUAUCAAAAUCUGUAAUUUAUCACAAAUGAGGAAUCAACAGUUUAUUAAUGUCUGGAAGAACAUGGAUUUCAUUCAACAAUUUUAAUAAAAUAUAAAAAGUA